GCCGAAACGUCACCAUUUACCUUGCCGUAGCAACAUUUCAUUGUUUGCUGAAUAAACAAAAAAUUGCACUUCGCAUAAAACUUGACUGGAGUCUUUGAAUUUAUUAGUGAAAAGGGGUGGGAACCCUACUCCAGUAAAAAAUCCACCGUGCUACAAGGGCUCUGCUUAUAAUUGAUAAAUCCCUAACCUGGUGAAGCACCGUGGCAGAAACAUGACAAGCGACACGCUUUCAUAUCAAGAUGACGAAAUCAGUUCCAUCUUAUCAAAGGUCACCUUAACAAGUGAUUUUUUACAAACACCAAGCUCCGAGUUCAAGGCUAGAGACUUGGAAAGAGAAUCCAGAAAACUCCUGAGCUUUGAACUGCAUAGCGUAACCAUGGCCGAAUACCUCAAAGUCAAACGCAUACCACGUGGCCUGAGGAUACGGACAAGACCGACCUUCUUUAAGGACAAUCGGGACUACUGUUCCAAAUUUGAACAAAUAUUGAACAAAUGUUCUUUUGACAUAAUGACUUUAACCCUAUCCUUUCUACAACAAGCCAUCCUAGACACAAAAGAAUUGAUCAAAAGUACGGAAGAACAACUCCAAGCAAUAUUAUCACAAGAGGACUAUGACAAACUUCUUGAAAAACUAAGAUCACACCUGGCAACUCAAAGGAAAGAGAUUGAGGACACAAAAAGGAAUAAAUUCCGAAGAGAUACCGAAGACUACCGUCUCAGUAGAGUCUAUCGAUGGCCCGAUACACCUUCCUCAAAUUCCAGAUGGAGAUCUUCUUCAACGGACUCCUCCAACUCAGGAUCCAACCGAGACCCAAGCUACCGAUCUAGACAAAUGGAUGCCCGACCUCCUAGAACUCAAAGAAGACCCAACAGAGGAACGUAUCCACAAGGACAACAACCGACUACAAUAACCACGAGAUCCCAGGCCCAUUGACUCUUCAGGACUACUCCAGUGCCGCAGAAUAUAUGACUGUUCUUCUAUAGGAGGAUGGCUGCCAAUGACUGUGUCCUUGCCAAUAUUGACCUGGUUUAUGGCCUUGAACUGCAGUAGCAGAACUCUGUCA